AUGGGAUUUGAGGAAGAUUUGAAGCAGGUAAGGGAUCAACUCUGUAAUGGAUCAUCUGGACUUCAAAUCAUUCCCAUUGUUGGGAUGGGAGGCAUGGGCAAAACUACUCUAGCUAAGAAUGUUUAUGAUGAUUCAUAUGUUGUAGAGAGUGAUGAGAAAUUAGCGGAUCGCCUUUACAAAAGUCUAAAGGGUAGGAGAUAUGUAAUUGUAAUUGAUGAUAUUUGGAGUAUUACUGCUUGGGAUAACAUGAAAUUGUUAUUUCCAAACGACAAUUUUGGGAGCCGAAUCAUAGUGACAACCAGGAUAACAGAUGUGGCGGAUCAUGCCAGCUAA